AUGGAUCACUUAUCUCAAAGACAAUUACUACAAUUACUGUAUGAAAAGGAUUGUUAUAUAUAAGCACUUGAAUAGCAAUUGGAAUUUAGUAGACAAGAGGUUUAAAUACUCAAAAGCCAAAAAUAAUCAAUUAUUAUUCAAAAUCUUUCUUCUGAUGAAGAUUGCAAUCUGGACGAGAAUUCAGAACCUGCGAUUAGUGAUAGUCGAGUGGAAUAGUUUUAAAGUUCAGGCAAGAAGAUUAAAUUAAAGGCUCCUCUCUAGGAAAGCAAUAAUUUUAAUGUGUCCUAAUUUAGACAAUCCACUCAAUACUUAAAACAGAAAGUCUUGGACUCAUUUGAUAUCUAAAACGUCACGACCGACAAUUUAAAGCUCUUAAGAAACAAUGAUUAAUUAUUCGAUGAUUUAUUCAUUUUAGGAUUGGGACUAGAAUUGUCCAAUGACCCAUAAGUGAUUUACUCAUACAACUAAGUUAGUAAAUAUCUGUCAAUAAACUAGGAAAUCAAUAAUAUAUACUCCAAAUAUCAAAAUUCAUAUUCCCAGAUGGAUGCAAACCCAAAGUCAUACCAUUGUCCUUCAGCCUCGAAGAUAUCAAUCUAAUGAUGAACCAAAAUUAUUCAAUAGAUUCUUCUAAUUGCUUUGUUAUUCUCACUAAACAAACUGAGUAACAACAGUUGAAGUACCAUAUUUGUUAUCGUUACACUGACUUUACCAUUAUAAAUCCAGAAUCAGUCAGAUUCAGCAAAAGAGCCAUCUGUUUUUCAACUAGCAGAUAUCUAAUUGACUUCUAUUAACAAAUUCUAAUUGUAAUAUUGUCUUAGUUGAGAUGCAUGAGGACUAAUCUGUAUUUAAGAACAAAAAACAUUACCUAAGCAGACACCAAUUUCUUUGAUAAGAACAUUGCUUCAAUAAGUUUUAGGAUCUUGUCUUAGCUUACUUAGAAGAAUCCUCCGAAUUUCAUUACCAUUAAUAAUCAAGAACUAAAAAUAAGUGAAAGUGAUAAUAUCUUAUGGGUAUUAAUAUUUGAAAUAUUAGGGAAUUCCACAAUUAUUUAAGAAAUUGAAUUCAUAAAGUCUGAUCAAAAUAUUUGUAAGUUGUUUAAUAGAAAAAUCAAUUGUAUUUGUUAGUAAAUCGCCCUAAUUGUCCACUGCUGCUUGUUUAUUGUGCUAAAAGUAUUUGCUUAAACCGUUUGCUUGGAUCCAUCCUAUCAUAAGUAACUUGCCGUUGGAAAACAUAGUAUACUUAGGAAGCCCAGUGCCAAUAAUUGCAGGUUUAGAAUGUGUAAUUGUGAUUGAUAAACCUAGAAUUUUUCUACUCUCUAGAGUCAAGGACUAAUAGAUAAAUUUUAGAAUACUAUUUUUAUUAACUUGGAUAGCAAACUAUAGAUAUAAUUUGGAAACACAGAUGCCAUUCCUUUAUUAUCAGCAGAAUUAAUGACAUAUCUAUUAGGAAGAUUGGAUUCCUACUUUUAAACGGUACAGUCAAAUCAUAGCAAUUACAGUUAAUGCUUGUAAAUUUUUAAUUAGUUGUUCCAUGCAAGAGUUAUAAGAAAUAUCCCUAUAGAACCAAUUAGACAGAAUACAAAUUCAGCAUCUAAGAAAACUAAUAAAUUAAUUCUAGAUUAUGAGAAAAUAGCAGCAAAAACCUUAUAAAACAUGGGCACUAUUAAUGCAGAUAAAGUAAUUUGGAAGUAGUUCUUUCAAACUUAAAUUUUUAUUUAAUUUAUUGAUUAAUAUUAUCAUUGA